ACAUCUUUCUUUGUCCCGCGAAAACGGAUCGAAAUCAAAGGCGCCAUCGGCAGAGUGAUGAAUCUGUGUGUAGGAAAAGCAUGGAAAGCCGCAUUAACAUCUCUCCCGAUCAUAUUCAUUUUGCAACCGCGUACAGAUCUAAAACAAUCUUUAUCUGAUAGCUUCAAAGUCUAUUUAUUGUCCAAUUUUAUCCCAAAUUUUACCCACAUUCGCCCUAGCCAAGUUGGAUCUUGACCAUUAUUAUCAUCAAAUUCAGAUCUGUGAAAGGAAUUCAGAAUGGCCCAGUUCCGCCAGUUUGUGAGCAAGAUCUGGCGGUUAACAUCUCUCAGUAGUAAACCGGCUUUCGCUGCUUCCUCGGCGAGCUUUUCGAGGAAAUUGAGAGAUGGAAGCAAGCAAUCCAAUUUGUUCCCCUUGAAAGCCAUUUUAGCAGUGGGAGUGGGAAUGGGAAUGGGAGUAGGAUUUGCAGCGUCGGCGCCCAGUCUAGCAGAAGCUCGGGAGGGCCCAGAACAGAGGUCUGGUGCGGGCGAGCAUAAGGCGGCGGGCAUAAUGGGGGGGCCAGUGAUUACCCGUAGUGGAAAAGAAUUGGGGAAAUUGAAGAUAUUCGUAGGAUAUGAUCCCCGCGAGGAGCUUGCGUAUGAGGUGUGCAGGCAUUCCAUACUGAAGCAUGCCUCAUUCCCUGUGGAAGUGAUUCCCAUAAAGCAGUCAGAUCUCCGCAAUGCAGGGCUCUACUGGCGCUCCAGAGGUGGAACUGAGAGCACCGAAUUCUCCUUUACCAGGUUUUUGACUCCCUUCUUGGCUGGAUUCCAAGGUUGGGCUCUCUUUGUUGAUUGUGAUUUUCUCUACACUGCUGACAUUAAAGAAUUGGCCGAGCUUAUUGAUGAUAAGUAUGCCAUCAUGUGUGUUCAACAUGAUUACAAACCCAAGACUGCCACAAAAAUGGAUGGGGUUGUGCAAACUACUUACCCGAGGAAGAAUUGGUCGUCUAUGGUGUUGUAUAAUUGCGAGCACCCGAAGAACAGGGUCCUUACGCCCUCUGUAGUCAAUUCCCAGUCUGGAGCAUUUCUGCACAGGUUCAUGUGGCUUGAUGACUCUGACAUUGGCUCCAUUCCCUUUACCUGGAAUUUCCUUGUGGGUCACAAUGAGGUUGAUCCCAAGGAUCCCACUACAUAUCCCAAGGCCAUACAUUAUACAUUGGGUGGUCCCUGGUUCGAGGCCUGGAAAGAUUGCCCAUUUGCAGAUCUUUGGCUUCAGGAAAUGGAAGAGUAUAAGAGAUCCCAAAUGAUACAGAAGGUGAUCCAAGAUGAGCUUAUGAAACUUUUGGAUACCAGAAUGGAUGACAGAGCCGGGGGUCUUGAGACCAGGGUUGCUGACUUGGAGGGUAAAGUUAAAGAGAUAUCUGCUCUGCAGAAAUUGCUCUUGAUCUAUUUGCAAGAGAAAUUUUUGACUGAUGCAGGAAAUGGAUCUAAAGAACCUCCCGUUGAUGCCUAGUUGAAUGUGGGGCUGCAUGCCAGAAAGAGAUAGUUGGCUUUUCAUAUUGAUGGCGCUCUCCAAAGAUAUUUAUUUGCCAUGCUGAACAAUCAAUGUAUGUUGUAGACACACCAAUCUGGUGUGCAUUUCCAAUUGCAUUUUUUUCUCUCUAUUUCACAGAAUAAUAGAUUGCUGUAGGGAUUUAUUAUGGAAAUUGAAUACGAUUUUGUUUUGUUUCAAGUUA